UAUCACACGAUGGACUUGAAGAACCCAAGAAAUUUUUUUGACUUUGCUUUUUUUCCUAUAGCUUGAGUUAAACCAGAAGGCAGAGCAAGCAAGUAGGGAGAAACUCAAGUGCAAUAAACUUGAGGUUGAAAUUAGUGAACUACGUGAGAAGGCAACCAAGCAAACUCCGAUGAAAACUGAUGAUGCUGCCUUAAGAACCGAAAUGGAAAAACUACGAGCGGAGAAUACCAAGCUACAGGAGCAGCUUGAGAUCCACGAAAUCAACAAAGAACAAAUGCACAUGCGGGGUUACUACGACCCUACCAAAACCAAGAUCAUCCAUCUGUCAAUGAAUCCAUCCAGCAUUGCCAAACAGCAGCGUGGAGAGGAGCUAGAGAAACUGAGGAAGGAGAAUGAUUCUCUUAGGAGGAGACUGCAACUUCUAGAGGAGGGAGGCUGCAGCCCGGAGGAUGUCAGUGUUCUUAGCAAGCUCAGUCCUGAGGCCGGACCAAGUGUGGUGAAGCAAGUGGAAGAUUUCAAAGCUCAGCUCUCAUCAGCAGAGAUGAAAAAUCAGCGAUUAAAAGAGGUUUUCAAGAAGAAGAUCCAAGAGUUUCGCGAGGCUUGUUAUGCGUUAACAGGAUUCAAGAUCGACGUUAUACGAGAUAAUCAGUAUCGGCUUCAGUCCAUGUAUGCUGAGAGAUCCACAGACGAUCUGUUAUUUGAAAGUAGCUCUAAGGGUGAAAUGAUGCUUCUGGCUACAGAUUUCUCUUCUCAGUUAGCGGAUCAAAUAGAGACCUACUUGAGCAGAUACAACUCCAUUCCUGCCUUCUUAAGCAGCAUUACACUUGAGCUGUUCAACCGGCAAACUCAGACCAUAGUCAUAAACUGAUCCUCACAGUGUAUUGAGUAACUGUAAACAGGGCCUAUCUCGAUGAAGGUCAACUCUGUUACUAGCGUCGUUUUAUAAGUGCGUAUGGUUAAAUUGGAAGAAUCUGGUAUAGCGAUUUUGUGAACGAAGCUCUUGGUAAGGUUAUAUACAUCGGAGAUUUUUCUAUAGUUUUCCCGUAAUAUUUGCGCAUUUUGAAGAAAGGAAAUGAAAGGAAAUGUAAACCGCGAUCCUAUCAAAGUCUGAAGUCCAUUGAAAAGCUGCUGUGAUGCACAAACUUUUCACAGUACCAAGGGCGGGAAAACAUGCGCAAGGUCGAUUGACAAGGCAGAAAACUUGUGUGCUCUCAUUGGUCAAAACAAAAUUCCUUUGAUACGUUUAACCAAUCAUAGAUUUCAGUAAGACAUCUCUUUCAGAAGUCAAUCGAAAAUCGCUCCACAACUCCUUAUCGCUUUUUGCACCCCUUAUAUACACUUAAAGCGUGUCAAUUGUUUUUCCGCACGAUACACUUUAUUGUAAAUAUUUUAAUGUUUUAUCCAAAGAAAACAUGUGUAAAUAAAGUUGCUAAUCAAUCCCA